ACACCACAGCAGCACAUCCACAUCCAGCAUGAGCAACACAACCAGCAGCAUGAGGAGCAAGAUCAUCUUCUACGAGGAGAGGAACUUCCAGGGUCGCUCCUAUGAGUGCACGAGCGACUGUUCCGACAUGUCCUCCUACCUGAGCAGGUGUCAGUCCUGCCGGGUUGAGAACGGCUGCUUCAUGGUCUAUGAGCGCCCCAACUUCAUGGGUAACCAGGUCUUUAUGAGGAGGGGCGAGUAUUCCGACGCCUUGAGCAUGAUGGGCACCAGAGAGUGCAUCAGGUCCUGCCGCAUGAUUCCCAUGCAUAGAGGCCAGUUCAGAAUGAAGAUCUUUGAGAGGGAGAACUUAAGCGGCCAGUCGCACGAGCUGGUGGAUGAUUGCGACAACAUCAUGGAGCGUUUCCGCAUGAACGAGUGCAUGUCCUGUCAGGUGAUGGAGGGCCACUGGCUGAUGUUCGAGCAGCCCCACUUCCGUAGCAGGAUGAUCUACCUGAGACCCGGCGAGUACCGCAGCUUCAGGGAGAUGGGCGUGAGCAGCACUCGCUUCAUGAGCAUGAGGCGCAUCACAGAUUCAUGCAACUAAAAUAAAACAAAACUAGUAUCCAUUAAAUAA